AUGGGCAGUUAUCAAAGCAACAGUUGCCACCCUAUCGAGGGAACGAAUAGGUGGGUGGAGUUCGAGAACGACUGGUUUGCUGAGGGCCGGUCACGGCGAGCUUACCGGGGCACCUAUAAGGGCGAUUGGCGCGUGGAGGGGAAGAAAUGUGUGGUGAAAAUCUACAAAGAAGUGUGGUGCGAAAGGAUAGGAGAGUUGGCUUACAAGGCCGAUAUCCGCGCGUCGGAAAGAGCUCAAGAGAUGGCCAGGGCAUUCAACCAAAUGUACCCAUCUAUCGAAUCCAUCGAGUUCAUCCAACCGGAGAUCUCGAAAAUUAACUCAUCUUCCGCCUUCAUGUUCCUUGGCUUUAUUCCGUUCCAUAAGAAAGUCAAAGGCAAGCGGGCGAGCUCCAAAGACACUUCUACGGAGAUGAUCCCUGAGGGGGACACCGUAGCAAUCGAGAAAUACCUCAGGGGCAAGUUCACCAGCUUUCUGAGCAACUCCGGGUACGAGACAGUACCGAGCGCAGUGCCAGCAGCAUUCAGUCACUUCACCUUCCACCAUUCCCACGGGAAAAUCCUAGUGUGCGAUCUGAAAGGAGUUCGUGAGGACCACGGCUACGUGUUCACCGACCCCGCCAUCCACAGCAGUAUAUCCGCCUUCCAGUACGGCUUCUUCGGCCCCACCGACCUGGGAGACAUCGGCAUGAUCAAGUUCUUCCAAAACCACAAAUGCAACGACUUAUGCAGCCGGUUUCUUCAGCCCGUCCUGGAGAGUGUGAUGCCACGCCACGAAAGCCUGGCAAGACACAUUGGAGAUAGCAAUGCAACAGUGUUUAAUUGCGAACUACUUCGACGAUGCGAAACAGCCACAUAUGAGUUAUCAUCAUUAGCAAUAUCGUGA